AUGGGCCCCCUGUUUGGCCUGCUCAACAUCACCACCAUCACAGCAACACUAGGCAACCCAUUACCGCUGGACGAAGCCAUGGCUCUGUCGGAGAUUGAGCCAUUGCUCGAGUUGGCAGGUAAGCUUGCCACGUUCACUUUCGGCCUGGCUCCAGGGCAUGUACUGACUUGGUCGAUCUCCUGUGCGAUGUUGCCCCACUCGUCUCCUCUCCCUCGUCGAAUGCUCGUGCCACGCGUCGCACCCCAAUCUUGGACUUGCGCGUCAUAGACACUGACAAGCGGAUACAAGGCUUUCACCAAUUGCACCAGUGCUUGCAAGGGCAAAACAACGACAACGGGGUGAGACAAUUACGAGCCACGUCUGAGAGGCGAUCGAGCCCCAGAGAGGCACUGACCCGUCACUCGGCUCUCAUCUCAGACAUCCCAUUCCAUCUCAAUCGAUGACCUUGAACGUCUGAUACCGUCUAUUAAAGCGUCGCUCAAGCAUGCCAACUCGUUCCUCUCGACCGCGGCACUGACAUGUCUGCCCGACUACUUUGCUCGUUUCGACAACGUCGCCUCGGACCAGAAUCCCUCCGCAUCGACCUCGACCUCGACUCCGAGCGCUUCAAUGACCAAUCACCUGGCCCAUGUACUCAAACAAGCCUUUCUCAAUCUGCUGCCCCUCGACAAGCUCGCCGACUCCAAGGUCCAGGUGCGCGACCUGGCCAAGGCGGCGAUCGUCAGCGCCGCUAGGACCUCUUUGAAGCUGGGUGUCAAUGCCGGCACAGGGCCGAGUAAGGACAAGGAAGGACCGUGGCAGCUGUGGGAGGCGAGAAUACAAGAAUUGGGGUUCCAUUCCAAGAGCCCCAAAGCUCGUGAACAGGUAAGCACCUCUCUGCGUCGUCCACACAGACCGGGUUCGCAGACUUAAACUCUCGUCCUCCGAUCGCAGGCCCUACACGCGCUCGCUGCUCUGCGAGACCCAGUACAUCCUCCUCUGGCACCUCUGAGACCUUUCACAACCUUCCUCUUGCCUUUGUUGUCAGACUCGGAUCCGACCGUCCGGACGUUGGCGCUGUCGACGACGAUUAAAAUCUUCGCCUCCGAAUCGGUCACGCCCGCCGCUCGCGCUGACCUUAAGAAGGCCAUGAUCAAAUUGGACGUGGGGAAAAAGACGCAAGAGACCGUUUUGGCGGCUGUGCUGGGUGGAGCAUCUGCCGCCGAGAUGGAGACGAGGUCGAGUGGGACAAAUCUGGGCCAGGCUCGAUCGUCGGGCCCGAGCGAGGGAGCCAAGAGCGAACGAUCGGGAUCGGCCCAUUCCGUAGCGAGCAGAUCGCCUUCGACUUCGGCCCCGACAAUGCCUCCGGGGGCAUUGCGAAGACCCAGCGGAGGUCCUCCUACAGGCGCUUCCCUCGCUGCAUCGCUACCGUCCGCGGCCUUCCCCUCUGACCCUUCCUCUGUACACGCCCCGCUGGCCGAAAUACAACCGGUCUACAUGGCGAGUGAUCGAGACGUCCUGCGCGAGUUAGAAGGGAUGAAGGGUUGCUUCGAAGGGAAAGAGACCGAGUUCAAUUGGAUCGAGCGGGACAAGUCGGUCGCUCGCAUCCGAGGGAUGAUCAAAGGCAACGCUCCGAGGGACUUCCUUGAGAGCUUGCUUGUCGGUCUCAAGGUUGUUCUGGAGGGAAUCAUGAAGACGGCUUCGUCGUUGAGGACGACUGUCGCGGUUUCGGCGCUUUCCUUGAUCUCGGAACUCGCUUCAACGCUAAGACAUUCGCUCGACGUCUAUUUUCUCGAUCACCUCAUGUCGCACUGCCUGUCCAUGGCUGGAGGGACGAAGAAGCUCGUCGCUUCAGCAUCCCAAGCCUCGGUGACCUCACUUCUCACGCAUCUGGCCUACCAUCACAAGAUGCUGCAACUCCUCUGGAUCGCGAUGAACGACAAGAUCGUCUCGGCCCGCAACUUUACCGCCGCUCACGUUAUGACCUUUGUCGAAUUGCAUGCCGUACGGUCGAAGCAAGCGAUCGAACAUACGAAUGGACUGGACGAGCUGGAAAAGUGUGUCAAGAAGGGCUUGCAGGAUUCGAGUUUGGUCGUCAAGGAGACGAUGCGCAAGGUGUUUUGGAAACUCAAGGAGAUUUGGCCGCGACUAGGGGACAAGAUCCUGGCUGGACUUGACGGGACAACAAGGAAGCAGUUGGAGAAGAGCGAUCCUAGUAAGGUUACGACGGCGGGUGCGAGUGCAGGAGCGAGGUCGGUCAGUGGGCCGGCUUUGGGAAGGGCGGCGGGACGGCCCAGUAUCAGGGAUAUGGUCAAGCAAGCCAAGUUGGCGAAGGACGCGCUAGCGGACGGUGAUCCCGUCGAUGACCUCCUCGUUCCUUCAUCGUCGCUCGAUACGACGAAGACCCAGUCGACGUCUUUACCAAGCACCCCUUUGGCGGCUCCCGCUGCUCCGCCACCCUCAACGCCACCUUUGGUCGCGACACCGUCUAGACCUCCGCCGGUCCACGCACCUUCCUCAACGGGGUCCAGACGGCAAUCUCGGAUUCCCAUUCACUCUCCUCUCGGUUCGCCUAGUCAUCUUCCCGUCGAUCAAGGCUCGCGAUCGCCACCGAGUCGACGCAAGAUGAGCAGCGUCGACGGUUCUGAAGCGACGAAUAAAACCUACAACAUCGACGAGGUCGUCAAGGCCAGCGGUGGUGGUGAUUCCGAAUCGUCACCGGUGACGCAUGCGGCGGUCGGGAAGAAGGGGACGAAUGGAAGUCUAGUCUUGCCUGUGCCGGAACCAAUCGUUGACGACGCCUUGAGGGACCAGGCUUUUCAGGCCGAGCAGGCUGCCGAACGCUUGUUGGAGUUGGCGGAUGAGGAUGAACCGCAGAGCCAGGGAGAACGUGCGCCCCCCAAGGACGACAAGAAGACUCCUCAUGUGCCUCGGCAAGUCGACGUGUUUGCUGAUAGUCCGGAUCUGAGGAAUGGGGAUGGAGCGGUGGCGAGUGCGACGAAUGGGCUCAGGAAUUGGUGGAUGAAGAAGGUCGAUCGUGAGUUAUGGGUGUCAGCGAGAUCUAUCUAGAACGUGGUCGACUCACUUUUUUUUUCUACUUGGCGCACAGAACCAGCACCGCCCAAAGCAACUUCCACGCCGGCCGACACACCGCAAAAGAUCCAGGAGAUCGACUCGUUGAUCUCGAGUUUCACAUCUGACCAAGCAUCGACGUCUGACCUGCUCAAACUCGUUCAGGUAUCCAAGGAGCGUCCCAUCGUCGAGACGGAUUCGAGUGGUGACUCGCCCUUUUCGUCCCCGUCCCAUCGACCGUCUCCUUCAACAACAACGUCGUCCAGCACGUUUUGGACAAAUCGCUUCACGCUGAUCUGGGAGGCUCUAACAUCCCAGCUUUUGCGAUCUCCAACCUCUGAGGAAGCUACAACAACAAAGGAGGUGCUGUUGGUCUUGUUCAAGUCACUUAUCGAACACCAACUCGUUUCCUUUGCCGGAUCCGAACAAGACGUCUUUUCGACCUUGCUCUACGUACGAUCGAGUGAUCCGACGCGGUCAACGAUUGGUGCGAUCGAAGGAAUCGCCUCUUGCUUCUGCACGACGAGCGAGCCUCUCUUCUCUCUCUCGUCCCUCAACCAGGCGAUGGAACGCUUCCUUUCCUCAUCUUCGACGCCCAACACCACACUGGACAAAUCUCUUGGCUUCUCCCUCGGUCUUCGAUGCUUGGGAACGCUCUUCGAACGCCUUCCCCCAGAAGUCCUUGACGACGUUGUACCCGCGUCCCUGCCCUUAAUCAAGAAGGCAUUGGAGGCUCCUUCGGGGGAGGUGAGGAGGUCGAGCAUCAAUGCCUUGACGAGCGUGUACAAGGUCUAUCGCGAUGAGAAUCGGCUGUGGGACGUGAUCGGGGACAUGCCUCAGGAUCGGAAGAAUUUGUUGACGUACUGUGAGUGUCGCGUGAUCACUGCAGGAACACCGGAUUUUCUGCUUCGAAGAGUACCGAGACUGACGCUCCCCGAGGUUCGUUGUGCGUAGACAUUGCCAAACUCCCUCCUGCUUGA